CAGUACCCAGCUCCCAUCUUCUCUAUUAUAUUACCCUGGCUCAUCACCCUAGCUUCCCCAGAACAAUUCAUUUCUUUGAUGGACAGCAGAUCCUCUCGCGCCUCUGCUUCUCUCACCGCUGCUGCAAUCCUUUCUUUCCGCCCCUCGUGACCCAAUUGUUUGCCCAGUGCGGUUUGCUCCAUGUGCCACCGUGCGUCUCCUCCCCGUUGAUUAGAUUGCGCCCGGCCACACAUUGCUGCAUCCGCCUGCAGACAGCAUGGCUCGACUCAACUUCAUGGAUUUGUCGGUUGACAUCAAGACCCUCAUUCUUCAACACAUCAUCCGACCAACCGACCUCAAGAACAUCUGUCUCACCAACAAGCUACUGCACGAAAUCGCUGUUCGCCAGCUCUACCAUGAGGUUGUCCUGGACGUGGGCUCCGACGAUGACACUCGUCUCGGAGCCUUUCUGAGUCCCAAGAACAUUGGCCUCAAACACAUUCGCAAGAUGGAUCUCUAUCUCGCUGACACAUAUGACAAAUGCGGUCAGCUGAAAAUGGCUCACCUUUCCAUUCGCAUGAUCUUGGAGUUCCUGCCCGAAGACAUUCUGGAAAAGUUCUCAUGGCACCCUUGGUCUAUAUUCCAAUAUGACAGCCUCGUACUGCUCUACAAGAAACAGCGAAAGAUGAAAUGGCUAGAAGGCAUCUCCAUGGACAAGAGCGAUUUACAAGCACUGCAGAAAGUCACCGAUGCUGGCAAUGUCUUUCAGAACACCGUCAAGCUGGGCUUGUACCCGGAAUCUCGUCAGACUUUGGAUAUCUGCCAUUUUUUGGUCAAGAAUACACGGAAAAUCGAGAAGAUGACGCUGCACACGUCUUUCGAAGAGGCCGACGACGUAAUUCCUGAACGCGAGUUGAACGAUUCUAGCACUGCACCAGGCCUAAUCACAUCUACCAUCUUCAGCCACAUGCAACCAUUCGAAAAAUGCACACCAAUCGCCCUAAAGGAAGUAACGCUGCAGAAGAUCAAUCUGCGAUAUGCUGCCAGCACCUACUGCAAGAUUAUUGAUUUUCGUUCUGUGAAUUCGAUCAAACUAUUCUUCUGUCCCGGUGCCGAUGCGCUGUUGGCAGAGCUGAGCAAGAGCACGUUACUUCCAAACAAGCUAGAAACUUUGCAGGUUAAGCACAGCGACAAUGCCGAAAACGAUUGCCUCGGAGCUCUGGAUGGCUUCAUGUGUCUGGUCAGUGGAAUUCAGCAACUGACACUUGACAUAUCGUUUGCGAAGCAGCUUCCCGCUUCGGCUGGUAUCAUUCGACACGGCAAAACGUUGAAACAGUUGAACAUCCAUGCGAGCGAGGGCGAUGACUGCGAACCGGAGUCAGUGUUCGACUACUCAUCUUUCUCGCAAAUUUGCAAGGGCUGUCCGCUGCUGGAGCAGAUCUCGGUGGCAUUCCCCUCUGUCAGCGUUCUCGAUACCAAGCAAGAAUCCUUUGUCAAUUUCCAAAACUGCUUGGGCGAUCUGCCAUCUCUGGUCACAUUGAACAUCACAACGUGGCCCAACAACGAGCCGUCAUCGACUAAGCUCUCCCGUAAAACAUACGAGCACCUUUUACAAGGGAUCGCCCAGCAAGGCUUCGAGCGUUCGGUCUCGCAUGCAACUGACAACAACCGGGCUUCGAAGCUCGCCAUCAUUGCAUGGGGUUCUUCUGAUAAGGUGUACGAUCGUGAAGACAGUCGAAACCAAAUGAUUUUUGUCAAAGGCAAACAAAUUGAUCCUCUGGGGCACGAGAGGUUCACGGCUGUGCAGAUGGGUUGGUGUCUGAGGAGAUUUAUUGACGCGGGACCAAAGAGUGACAUCUUAGACUUCACUCCAUGCCGAACCAGCAAGCCUCCAGUUCAGCACGACUCCUCGAGUGAAGAUUCGGUCUGA